AUGCUCGUGCCGACCACAACUGGGCACCGAGCGCGGGCUGAGCACCUUUCACGAAGUGAUCCGACAACAACUGGUGUCGCGAAACUCCGUCCGGCGUCGGCAAAGCGCGAUCCAACAACUGCUGCAGGCCGGAGAGGAACACGGUCGGAUCCGUUCCGAGUACAUCAGUUGAGUCCCGAGUUUCGUCCUCGGUGGAAUUUACCUCAUCACUCUGUCGUCAAUCCGAAGAAGCCUGGAAGACUGAGGGCGGUGUUUGAUUGUGCAGCGCAAUCCAACAAGGAAUCUGUAAAUGACUACCUCUAUCAAGGUCCAUAUUGGACAGCCAAUCUGACAGCAAUGGUCUUGCUUUUCCGCAAGGAGCGCGUAGCACUUUCGGCUAACAUAGAAGAGACGCUAAUGCAAGUCCGCGUUCCGGAAAACGAUAGAGGUGCCCUUCGGUUCCUGUGGUGGCCGGGUAGCGAUAUUUCAUUGGAGCCGGUGGAGUUCCAAAUGAACUCGCACGUGUUUGGAGCGAACUAUUCGCCAUUCUGCGCCAACUUUGCUCUGCAUCAAAUUGUGGAGCUAUUUGAAAAUGACUAUGCUCUUAUAGUCUCCGAGGCGAUUCGUAAUAAUUUCUGCGUACACGAAUGUUUGUUGUCCGACCCAUCCAUUGAUGCCGCUAAAAUGAUAUCCACUCAGCUGACAGAAAUGUUCCUGAAGCCAGGGUUCCAUCUCAGAAAAUGGGUAACCAACGCACCCGAGGCCAUAGAGAACUUGUUUAGUGCCAAGCGCGCUGAGUCACCGGUAACGUUGUCUGGUUGCAUCCCGGUCAUGCUACCAACCCCUGGUAUACGAUGGGAUACUUUACGAGACAAUUUCUGUUUUCAAUAUGACAUACCAACAGGACACGAGACGCGGCGUAAAUUGCAGGUUUAG